AUGUCACUUGUUCGUCCUGAUGAGAAGAAAAGAGAUGCUGAAAUCUUACCCUUGAAGAAAAAAAUCGAUUCUAUCGAUUCUGAAUUGAAAACUUUGGACAAGUUGAUGAAAACAAAUUCAAAAGAAAUUAAACAGAGUGAAAAGUUAGUCAAAUCGAAUGAAAAGGAGUUUCAAAAAAUACACAGAGAAGUUCUUCAUUCAGAAUCUCAUAGAGAUGAUAUCCAUGGCAAAAUUAAAAAUAAAGAGAUUGAAAUUAAACGUAAAAAUGCUGAGAUCAAGUCCAUGCUAGUUAAAAAUAACGAAGAUUUAUCUGUAGACUCUGUAGACUCAAAGAUCGUUGAAACGAAAAGACAGUUGACAGAUAAGGAUCUAACACUAGUCGAAAAAAGAAAAUUAUCUUUGGAAUUGCAAUCCUUACAAAAUCAUAAGAAAAAGUUAAUUCCAAUCAAAUCAAUUCAGGAUUCAAUCGAAUCAGAUAGAGCUGAACUAGCCUCUUUAAAAGAACAACUGCAUGCAAAUAAAUUAAGAGAAUUGAAAGUUCAACUGGAUAAAAAAAGUUCAGUAAUGAUCGAAGAUAAAUCAAAAUUAUUUGAAUUGAAAGAAAGAAAAAAUUUCGAAAUCUUCUCCAAGACUCAUCAAUUACACCAAGAAAAAUCCGAGUUAUUGAAACAAAUUAAUAAAUUAAACUCAAACUUUGAUAAAGAUUUAAAGAAGUUUAAUAAAAAAAAUAUCGAAUUAACUAUAGAAAAUGAAAAAAACUCGAAAUUAAAAGAAUUGGAAAAGGAAAAAUUAUCAAAAUUAGAUGAUCUAAAUAAAAAAUUACUAGAGGCUAAAACUCCCGCUUUCCAAUCAGAGAUUAAAAAUAUCCAAACUUGUUUACUAGCAUUAGAUGAAGAUUAUCAUUUACCAAAGAAUAUAAUCUUUAACAAUUCAGAAUCUAACACAGAUCUAAACAAGCUAGGCCAAAAAACUGUAGAUGAAGACUUGGAACCAAUGGAAAAUAAAUAUGAAUUGGAACAUUAUAAUACAGCACCUUCAAAAUCAAAAAAAUUAUCAAAGCAAAAUCAACCUUCUUCUUCGUCUUCUCAAGAAUCCUUAAAUACCGAAUCUGCAAACAAAGAGAAAUUUUCUUUGGAACCUACUUUAAUCACUUCUUUGGCAACUUUGGAUAUCUCAAUACCAGUAAAUAAAGAUCAAACAAAGAGAACCAUCGAAGAAUUAAGGGAAAAAUUAAAAGAUUUUGAGAAAAGACAAAUUGAAGUCACUGAGAAGAAUAUUAAUAAAGUUCAAAAUCAAAUUGAGAAAAUGGAAUCUGAUUACUCAAAACAAAUGGAACAAGUUACCGCUGAUGCUGUUGAAAAGUUAUCGAAUAAAAAUAACCAAAAGAGGAUCAACAAUUCAGGAAAGGGACAAACUACAAAUAAGAGUAAUUAA